AACAAAUUGUGUUUUUUGUGUCGGUAGACAUGCCAGAUACCCAAAUUAAGGUGAAGAAGCACUAAAAAAGUGGAAUUUUCAUAAUAUGUCCCCUUUAAGACAAUAUGUUCAUGAAACAAUUUUAGUUUUACAAACUAUUGCAUUACUGUGGUGGAGAGCUAUCCAGAAGUUCAGUGGUUCACUAAAAUACACAAUUUAUCUUAAAAGAUUUUAAUUAUAUUUUAUUCUGCGACUGAAUCUUGUGAAAACACUUUUCACAAUGAAUAAAGAGAAGCAUUCUAAAAUUGUCUUUGUUAUUCAACUAACAUAGCCGCCAUAGUGCCAUUAUCUUGUAGGCUCCACCUUAAUAUGUUAGUGGGUGUAGUUGGUGGACCCAAAUCCACACCCACAGCAGUUUGAUUUGUAGCCAAUGAUUUUUUUUCCCAUUCAACCUGGGAAGUGAACAAGAAAGGCAAACAAGGCAAAACAAGGCAAAUAGUCAAAGGGGGAACAGAAAGCGCUUCUCGGGCUCAACUGGAGUCGGGAGGGAAACUCCACCGACGUCUUGCGGUCCGGGGCGGAUAAAGCAGGGUUCUGCUGUGGAAACCCGAGGCCCGACACCAUAACCAGAGUCCGAUUAAAACGAGUCACGUGUACUCCGCAGGUCUGACACUGCAAGACAAAAAGCAAAAACAUGCAAACUGGUGCACUACACCUGAUAGCGACAUUCACCGGCACCUGAGACCAGUCUGGGUACUCAGGAGCCUUUAUGCCCGUCACUGGUGAUUCCCGGAAUGAGCCACAGCUGAGCUAUUGAGAGAGGGGCGGACCGGAGGCAGAACACAAGGUUGGAAACUCUAGGUUGACAAAAAACAACAAAACAAAAGCACAGACACUGGGAAAAACUGAUUAGCAGAUAGGGCCCCUAACAUAAUAUGCAACUCUGAUUCUAAAUUGCCACAUGAAAUGGACGUAAUUAACUCACUUGCCAUCCUUUACAGCCUUUGAGGGUUUCGGGACCUUUGAAGUCCCCAUCCAAUAAGCAUUCCUCAUUGCAGGAUAUGUGCACAUUAGACAGUAUUACCCAAGGCAAAGGGGCAUUGUUGAAAAAAGAAAUGGGUGGCACGCCUCUAGCUCCAGGAAACGGAAUCUUGUUUGACCAGAAGAACUCACUUGACAACAACACAGCCCUCCUCCUGCCCGCUUCUCUGGCAAACAAGGGACAGAACUGCUUCACUCCGAAAGAAGACCAGAGCCGUGUGCUGAGACUCUCUUUUCUCUUGCGGCAAAAGAAGUGUGUUCACCAUGGGAAGGAUUGGCAAGGAGGUGGCAGGUCAGCUCAUUAGCUUCAUUGGCUUUGUUGGGGUGGCGGUGACCACAGGGAUCCCCAUGUGGAGAGUGACUUCCUUCAUAGGAGCCAACAUUGUGACGGGCCAAGUCAUUUGGGAUGGCCUGUGGAUGAACUGUGUGAUGCAGAGCACCGGGCAGAUGCAGUGCCGGCUGAACGAGUCUCUUCAGAGUCUGGCCAGGGACUUGCAAGCCUCCCGAGCCCUGGUCAUCAUCUCCCUCAUCUUCGGCUUCAUCGGCUUCUUGAUCACCUUCAUCGGGGCCAAGUGCACCAGCUCCCUAAAAAAGGAUUCCUCAAAGGCCAAGGUGGUUAUCUUAGGCGGCUGUCUCAUCCUGGUUUCCGCCCUCCUAAUCGUGAUCCCCGUCACCUGGUCUGCAGUGAUCACCAUCACAGACUUCCAGAACCCCCUGACCAUCGGGUCACAGAAGAGGGAACUUGGAGCGGCCAUCUACAUCGGCUGGGCCGCUGCUGCUUUUCUUCUUAUCGGCGGGAUCAUCUUGACCACGUCCUGCCCUCCUCAAAAGAAUGGGUAUGGAUACCCAGGGUACGCGCCAGCCCCGAUGUACCCAUACGGGGGCCCAGGGGGAAACCAGCCAGUGUAUGGCCCCAUGUAUGCGCCUGCAUCCAGCCAACCGUACACAGGCACGGGGACAUACCUGCCGAGCAAACCGUAUGCAGCACCAACCGCAUACUCUGCUAGACAAUACCUCUAAAACCAAACCGGACAUUUUUAUUUGUAGAGGAUAUAUUCCAAUGCAUUCUUAAAAUGAAUUUGUAUUGUUUUGGAUUGAUACUGUUCGCCAAAAGUAGAAAUCUUCCCACUUUAUGAAGUCUUAAUGUCAGACAGACAUUGGGUUAACAUGGCUGCGUGCACUGAAAGUUGUAUUGCUUUUCAAUGUGUCCAGGAAGUUACUGUCCAUAUAUUUAUUUCCUUGUACUACAUAUAGAGCAGAUUUUUUAAAUAGUGAUGGUUUGUGAUGUUUGUUGUCUGUAAAUGCAUGUUCAUUGUUAAAGAUUUUCAAUAAAAUAUUUGUUGUAUAAUCACA